CUUGCAUCAAUCUAUAGAAAAAGUGUCAUGGAGAUUUGCAUAUUCUUCCUUUGUGCUAUGAUAUUUCUCCCAGGUAUUGCUGCCAGUGUGCAUCCAGUGAAGGCAUUUCUCCAUCACACUGUACACCUAUCCUGCUGUUUUCCAAACUCUCAGGAAAUUGACGUGAAGAAUUUAAUAAUCUUUUGGCAAAAAGACAAUAAAGUGGUGCACGAAGUAUAUCAUGGCCAAGAAAAGCAUGAGAACCUUAGUCCUGAAUAUAUAAAUCGCACCAAGGUGGACAUGGCCAAAUGGACCUUGCAGUUGUUAAAUGCAGGAGUUGAGGAUGAGGGACACUAUAAGUGUAUUGUUAUGGAAAAAACAACUGAACAACCAAAAAUGGUCAUACACCAAUCUGAGUGGUCACUGCACAUCAUUGCCAACUACAGUCAACCUGAGAUAGAACUGCACUCCGGGGAACUAAAGCCCAAUGGAUACUUGAACCUAACCUGUUCUUCCAGUGGAGGUUAUCCAGAGCCCAAGGAGAUGACUUGGCUGAUUUCACAUGAGAACAAAACACUCAGCAGCCCGGCUCACAUGAAUGUCUCACAGGAUGCUGUGACAAAGCUGUACAACAUUACCAGCAAGCUGAAUAUCCCUGUUCCUGCAGGGAGCCCCACUAAUAUCAGCUGCUUGCUUCACCUUAGGGAGCAGCUGGGAAGCCUUGUCUCAGUCCCACUGAGCAUAGAGAUAAAAGAGAAAGAAAUGGAGCAAGCAAAGAUAAAUUUCUUUGGCCCACUUAUAGCUGUGGUUGUAGUGAUCAUUUCUGCACUUCUUCUGGGUUUUGUGAUAUUAAAGAAGAACAGAAAUAUCUUGUCUACCAAUCAGAGUGUCAGUCUAGCAGUCUAGAAGCUAUCCAGCUUGAAACUGAGGCCAUCAGCCAGACUGCUGACUGGGAACCAC